AUGGGUUCAUGCAUAGGCAAUAAGCCAAGACCUAAAGAUAAUCCAGUUACAAUUCCAAAGAAGCUGAAUAUCAUUGAAUACAAUGCUAAACUUGAUAGGCUUGGCUCUGCACAACUUAAUCUGCUGAAAUUGAAAUUUAAAGAAGUUCAAACCGAUUCUGGAAUUGAUCUAAAAGGGUUUAGAAAAUUAUUACCUCUACUUAAAGAAUUUCCUGAAGAAAUAGUUGUGUCAUCAUUUAAAGUUUUUGAUAGUGAUUCGUCGGGGUAUAUUUCUUGGUACAAUUUAUGCGUAACUGUUUCUCAAUAUAUUGUAGGGCAUAGAGACGAAAAAUGUAAAUUCCUAUUUAAGGUCUUUGAUUUGAAAAAUAGUGAAAAAUUAGAUACAGAAGAGAUCAAAUUGCUUCAAAGAUAUUGUGAAAAUUUUAUAAAUCUCCCUAUUAAAAUUUUAAAAAAAAAUAUUUUAAAAUUUGGUAAAAUUAGUUUUUUUUUUAAAAAUAUAAUGUAAGAGAAAAUGACCAAUUUCCAAAAAAUAGUGAAUCAGUAUUAGACAUUUGUAUUAAUCAAAAAAAGCAGCUUAGCUUUGAAGAGUUCAAGAACUGGGCAUUAGAAAAUUUGGAGCUUCAUUUAGUACUGCAGCCUUUUGAAAUAAUUCCAUCACCAGUCAGUGAGAGAGAAAUCAUUCGGACCCUUCUAGCAGAAUCUGAAAAAACAGGCCGAAAAGAGGGAGACAUAUGAAACGUGAUUUCUGAAAAUGGUAUUAAUAUUGGCGAAGUUCCAAUUUUCUGGUCUCCCGACCGAAAAUUCCCUUGCAUAUUUUAUUAUCCAGCCAUGUCAGGGAAGCAAGAGCCAGGGGGGUUUCUUAUCGGACUCCUGGACCUAAAAAAUAAAAUUUACCAGAAGGUGCCACCUAAAUCAGGAGGUAGACUGUUACCUGAUGGACUCAGUAGCAGCCUGAGCUCAAAAAGAAUUUUCGAUGCCCAAACUUCUAUAUCGGAGUCCUCAUUGUGUAAAAGGUCAAGGUGUCCACACUUUGACGGGCUAGAGGAAUAUGGCAUGAAUGCUCUAGAGCAGUUUUGAAGGUAGGCAGCCUGGUGGCGGAUGUUAACUUAAAAAAUCUAAUAGCAUUGUAUCGAUUUCUGGAAACUGAUUUGAUGCUUGGAAAAGAUAUGUGAAUUUUACAGGAGAAGAGCAAAAAGACCCAGAAAUCGAAAGAGCGGCCUCUUUAAGAAUGAUCCGUUCAAGAAGUGUUGUGCAAGGAUCUCGACCUAUUGAAAUUGACAACCGUGAGCUUCAAGACCCAAACUGUGAGCUUAAGCUUUUUGAUGGUCUCAUAGCUGGCGACCAUUUUGAACUGAUCCCAAACUCCGCGUGAAAAGAGCUGCUAAGUUGGUAUGGAGGAGGCCCUGAAUUUAGCCGCGAAACCAUCUUACACAAUGGAAACCUAGAAAUCGAGCUUUAUCCACAAGUGUUUAAAAUUAUAGUUAAAAAAGCUGGACAGUCAAUAAAUAAAAAACCUACUUUUAUUUUAAUUUCAAAAAAGAAAAAAAUUAGUGACGUCUUGGAGACUUUUAAAGGAAAAUAUGCGGACGAUAUCAUGAAUUUGCUGCUUGUUGAUGGAGAUUCAAGAGAGCUGUUAGAUCCUCAAUGGGUUAUUGAAGAUAUAAGUUUUCCCAACAUAAGCCAAUGCAUAUUAGAAUUAGGAGAUAUAAGAAAUAGCAGCUUUUUCGCUGAAAAAGAAGAAAGAGGAGAUGCAUUUUUGGAAGGAGAUCCUGUGGAGUAUUAUGAUCAUGGCUAUUGGAUGCCAGGGACAUUAACUGAAAUAAAAGAUGAAGAAUUUGUUAUAGGAGGAGGAUGGAUGAAAAAAUCAAUUUCUAUUCCUUUAUAUGAAAAAUAUAGGCUCAGGAAGCCGAAUAGAAUCCAAAUUGAUAAUAAAACCCUUAAAGGUGCAACGGGAUUAGUCAAUAUAGGAAACACCUGCUUUAUGAACUCAAUUUUGCAGCCUAUUAGCAAUACUCCUUUAUUGAACCAUUUUUUCUCUUCAGAAGCCCACAUAAAGCACAUUAACCACGAUAACCCGGAUGGCUCUAAAGGAAAAAUUUCAUAUGAGCUGCAAAAUGUCCUCCAAGAGCUUUGAAAUGGUUCACAGCCUUCGUAUCGCCCGAAUUCUUUUUUAAACAUUUUUUCACAAAUUCAUUCACAAUUCCGUGGUUAUGAGCAGCAUGACAGCCAUGAGUUUUUACGAAUUCUUUUGGAUAGUCUACAUGAAGAUUUAAAUAGAAGGGUUGAAAAUAUUGAGCGACACCAAAUUCUUUCCUUAACUUAUCCCCCUUUAUAGCGAGUCAGAUUUUUUUGCUUGCUUUAAAGGGCUAUUUUUAUGCUAGAAUUAUUUAUAAUUUUUUUUCCAUAUUUUAAAAUCAAUAUUUGCAAAUAUUUUAAAAUAAAAAAUCUAAUUUAAUUUAUAAAUGCAUGUUUAAGAAUGCAAAUUUAUAUGUAAAAUAUUAAUAGAAUCAGCUAAUAUUAGUUAAUAUAGUCUUGCUCACUCUUAAAGGGGGAGUAAGCAAUCCCAGCCCACAAGAAGAAAAAAAAGCAAGCCAAGAACAAUGGGAAUUAUUACAAGGAUCCCGAGGUUCUGUAAUAUCAGAUUUAUGUGGAGGCCAAACCCGCAACGUAUUAAAAUGCGAAAAAUGCAACGACAUAACAACAUUAUUUGAAAUGUUUAUGGAUUUAAGCAUCCCACUGCCAAAUGAGCAAUCUGAGCUUUCUAUAAGAAUUACUGUCAUUUUAAGGCCUCCUAAUCCAAUUGUAAGAUAUAUUCUGAAACUAAAAAAAAAUUGCGAAAUUAGCGAUUUAUUUGAAAAAUUGAAUACAUUAACAGGAGUUUCGCCACAAAAUUUUUUAUUUGCGCAUGUAAAUCAUAGCUAUGCUGAUGAUUUGUUUUACCCCAAAAAUAUCAUGGAUUGUAUUUUAAAUGAUGAGUCUGAUCUUUAUGCUUUUGAAGUGAUUGACGAUAUUGAGCAAGCUGAAAUGGCAGGAAAAUUGACUCUGAAGAGGGAAAAUGUAGAAGGAUGAAGAAAACUGCUAAAGAAAGGCCAACAAAUUGAUGUGAAUUCAGCUGAGUAUGGCUGAAUUGAAGGCCAAAUUGCAGAUAUAAGAGGAAUACAAGUAGAAAUCCAUUUGAAUACAGAAAUUCCUAGCACUGUUUAAGAAAUAAAUGGUGGUAUUGACGGAAGAUGGACUCGAGGCACACUCCCCUAUGAAGCAGGUAGGGCCUGUCCCGAUGAAGCUGAAAAUAGUGUCUCUGUCAUUUUUGAAAUAGACCUCCGGUUUGGGAUGCCUGCCGAAGAGAUAAGUUUAUUUUAUCCCCCGGAGGUUUUUCCUAUCCAUUCCAGAUGGGCUAGACAGGUUUUGACUUUCACUUAGUCUUUGCUUAUCAGGGCUAGAGGUGGCUUAACCUAGGGAGCUAAUCCUUAAGUUAGGUGGCUUUACGCCAGAUAGGCAUGCUAAUGGUCUAUCCGCUUAUGGCCUUAUAAUUUUAACUUGACUUUACUUAGCACUGUUUGUCUAUCUAAAUUUGAUGAAUCUUUAGCCCCACUAAGAACACAUACCAAAAACGACAACAAAAUUAUCCAUUUGCUUAUAACUCACUCCAGAAAAGGCUUGCUUUCUUAUGAAUUUUUCGGAAUUCCUCAAGUUUUAUCAAUAGGAAACUGAUAUACAUGAAAAGACCUAAACAACCAGCUCGAUUUGCUAUGCAAAGAAGUGACCAUAAAGACUUAUUAUACAUCAAAAACCACUCCUUCCAAUUUAUCAUUUUUUCUAUUAAAAAACAGCGACAUGAAAUGCGCUCUCUGCACAAAAGAAAAAUGCCAAGGCUGCGAGUGCCCCAGAAACAACGACACAUUAAAAUGGAUUGAAAAAAACCAAAAAUCAGUCUUCGUGUGCAUUUUUUGGAGAAAUCCAGGACUCUACAAGUAUGUUAUCAUAAAAGAAAUAGAAGAUUUAGCUGUUUUUAGUAUUGACCAAUGCCUUGAAAAAUUCACGCAAACUGAAACGCUAGAAGCUAAAUGCGAAAAAUGCAGCCACGAUAAAAAGCAGUCUCAAAUUGAGAUAUGAAGAGUCCCUGACAUUUUGAUUGUCCAUUUAAAACGUUUCAGUUUUGACGGUAAUGGCUUUAAAAAGCUGUCAAACUUAGUAACUUUUCCUCUUACAUAUCUGGAUUUAUCAUCAAUAAUGGCAAACACAGAAAAUAAAACAGGAAUUACUAUAUCAACAACUAAAGAAAAUUACAUGUACGACCUAUUUGCAGUUGUAAAUCAUUCAGGUAGUGUGGAAGGUGGGCAUUAUACUUGCUUUUGCUUAAACGCAGAAAACGAGAAAAGGUGGCUUUAUUAUGAUGAUAAUUUAGUAUUUGAAGUCACAGGAGAUGUGGAAAAUGAAAUUAUUACAUCAAAAGCGUAUAUUCUUUUUUACAGGCGGCAGAGGUUUGCAUCAAGCAAUGUAGUUAACUUAUCUGCAAUAGAAACAAAUAAAGCAUAA